AAAUAUCCGAGCAAAGAUCGUGCACGUUUCGAUCGUAAUGGCAGGACUGGAGCUUUUAUCCGAUGAGGGAUUUAGAUUAGAUGGUCGACGACCGUCUGAACUGAGAAAGAUUCAAUGUCGUCUUGGAGUUUUUGAUCAGGCAGAUGGAUCAGCAUACAUUGAGCAAGGAAAUACCAAGGCUUUGGCAACUGUUUACGGUCCACACGAGAUUGUUGGAGGAAAGGGUAAGCCCCAGCAUGACAAAGUGACCAUCAACUGCCAAUACAGCAUGGCCACAUUCAGCACAAAUGAGAGAAAGAAUCGGCCUCAAGGGGACAGGAAAUCAACCGAAAUGUCACUGCACCUGCAGAGAACGUUUGAAGCUACCAUACAAACACAGCUCUAUCCAAGAUCGCAGAUUGAUAUCUUUGUGCAGAUUCUGCAAGCAGAUGGAGGGAAUUACUGCGCUUGUGUCAAUGCCGCUACUCUUGCAAUCAUCAAUGCAGGUAUCCCCAUGAAGGACUAUGUGUGUGCUUGCUCCUCUGGUUUUGUAAAUAAUACACCUCUGUCUGAUGUGAGUUACCUUGAAGAAUCUCAGGGAGGACCUGUAGUGACUGUAGCCUUGCUGCCCAAGUCCGAUCAGAUCGCUCUCUUUAAGAUGGACAAUCGUCUCCAUGUGGAUCACCUAGAGCAGGUGUUGGAGGUAGCCAGUAAGGGUUGUAAGGACAUGUAUGCAGUCAUGGACGCAGCAGUGAAGGAACAUGUCAGUCGGAUGGCAAAGAGUAUGGAAUGUAGCUGAUGAGGAGGAACUGCAACUGGAGUUAUUAAGCUAUCAAGAUGGAGAACAUUUCUUUGCCUUCUGAACUAACAAAAAAAAUCCUCUUUAAGAUGCCCUUCAGCAUUCUCUAGAGUCUUGGCGGUAAACCUGUACUUGUAAAAGAGGAGGUUGUCAAUGCCCAUCUCAAUAUAAAAAACCAGCAUGAGUAGAACUUUGCCGAAUCCAAUUGAAUGGCCUGUUGAAUGUAUUACC